CAGACUCAUCAGCGAACGUUUCGUGUGGCCUAAAAUGAACUCUGACAUUCGGAGAUGGGCACGAGAAUGUCUCCAAUGCCAACGCUCCAAAGUACAUCGCCACACUAUCACAACGCCAAAAACGUUCGAUUUACCGGACAGGAGAUUUCAGCACGUUCAUAUAGAUAUCGUAGGACCAUUGCCAACGUCAAGAGGAUAUACACAUAUCCUGACAGCCAUUGAUAGAUUUACUCGUUGGGCUAUUGCAUGCCCCCUGAACGAUAUAUCGGCCGAAAAUGUUGCUUUGGUUUUCCUCGACCGCUGGGUGUCAAAUUACGGUGUACCAACUACGAUUACAUCCGAUCGAGGUGCUCAAUUCCAAUCGACGCUGUUUCGUGAACUGACGAGACUCCUGGGAGUUAAACAUAUCUCCACAACAGCCUACCAUCCGGCAGCGAAUGGUCUUGUGGAAAGAUUUCACAGACAACUGAAAAGCUCCCUGAUGGCACAGAGUGAUGCAUCUAAAUGGAGUGAAUACUUACCUCUGAUUCUACUUAGCAUACGAUCAACUGUUAAAGAGGACCUUGGUUGUACACCCGCACAACUAGUUUACGGCACUACCUUAACACUGCCAGGACAGCUAGUAUCCUCUCAUGACUCUCAAAAUGUGAAUAUUUCCGAGUUUUCUGAUCAACUGACCAGACGAAUGUCACAACUUCAACCAAUAGCUCCGAGACAAUGUCCCCGCAGAGAAAACCUAAGUAGCCAUCUACAAACCUGUAAAUUUGUCUUUAUACGGAUCGACAACGUCAGGAAAGGGCUACAACCUCCAUAUGAAGGCCCAUACCCAGUAGUGCAUCGCGCGGAAAAAUAUUUCACAGUGAGCAAAGAAGGUAAAAAGAUGACGGUCUCCGUGGAUAGACUCAAACCUGCUUACACAGAUGGCGACGACAUCCCAACAGCGACUUCAGCAGACAAACAAGAAACCGCCAAAGCUCCAGAGGUGCCAAUAAUGCUACCUCCCCCUUGCAUUACUCGUAGUGGCAGACAGGUUAAUAAACCUGCCCGUUUUGUACACUUUACUGAUUAAUAUCUUUAAGGUUGUAACAAUUUUUUUUUUUUACGUAUACAUCAUUGAUCAUUGUUGUUAAUUAUUGACUUACGUAGUUUAUUUGUGUCAGAUACGACAUCAUUUUUUGUGCCGAAGCAUUGCUAUUUUUUUUUACUACCUCAGUACUGUAUAUGUGUAUAUAUGUAUUCACAAUUGUUCUCCCAUAAUUACUACUAUAUUGGUUAGCGUUUUAACGGACAUUAUCCUUAUUAUUAUUAUUAUUAGUGCCAUUCAGUUUGAUGCCAUCGUUCCAAUUAACAUUGAUCUCUUUCGCAAUUUUUUUUUUUCUUUCAUGUGUCAUAUAAACAGAGCUGACAUAUACUCACCUGUGUUUAUUAAGAGAAUAUUUUUUUUUGUUUGUUUUGUUUUGUGUGCGUGUUCACUCUCCGUAAUAUGUAUCCAUUGUACUCCCACCCACUUCCAGUUCAGAAGUUGAUGUUGAACUAUUCACUAAAGCGUAAAAAAAAAUCUUUUCCAUUUUUUUUUCGUAUUCUCAUAGUGUUCUGUAGCAUUAUAAUUAUUUUUCUUCUCACAAUUCUACUGCAAAUCGUCGGUAGCAGUUCCUCCGGACUUCUAAGAGGGGGAGCCGUGUGGCGGCCUAAAAACAUAUCAAAUUAUAUGUUCACGAAAAAAAGAAGGAAUUCAACCUAAAAACCUUGAACCGCGCGGAAGGAACGAAUCGUUCGCCAUCUCUCCGGCUGCUCGCCCAGCACAUCUGCUGACCAACGCUGCCUCGCACUGGUUGACACAUCCCCGUCAAGAACUUUGCUCCUAUCUGCCUUACUCUACGUGGAUCCUUCCAACGGUUGACAGCGCUAAGUUGUAGUGGAGAAUUUGUAUAAUCAAGAGAAGGACAAUUACAUUCCUAUAAUUUCGUACGUCUAUAAUUUGUGUAUUUUGUGACUGUUAUAGUUUUCUUCAAAUAACCUCAGUCCUAUUUUUGUGUAUAUUAACUUAAGUGAACUGAAUAUUUUAUAUACACGUAUUUGUUAGUACUUGUUCUGUCCUUUUAAUUGCGUUUAUAUACUUACCUAGCUACUGGGUCCACUACA